GGACGGCGUGCACACAUGCAUAAUGAGACUCAGAGGGAGGCGGAGGCUGGAGGCUGGAGGCUGUCGGGGGGGGAGGCAGACAGCGAGUCUUUGUGGUGCGCCGGACAAAGAGCGUUUCUCAGUUUGGGUCGGCGGAGGAACAGAUCGGACUUCAGCUCUGCUUCUCGUUUGCAGGGAGAAGACGACAUGAAGCUGCUGCUGCUGCUGCUCUGCUUCGGGACGCUGCGCGUGGGUUCUGGGCUUCGCUGCUAUAAGUGCCAGGAUUACACCGGACGCUGCCAGAACGUCCAGGAGUGCACGUAUGAGGACUCGUGCAUCUCUCUGAGUGAGAGAGGUGGGAAGACCAUCCGUCAGUGCAUCAGGUACACGGACUGCGAUAACUCCCGCCUCAGCCAGAUGUUCCCGGCCAUCUCCGCCUUCACGUACCGAUGCUGCAGCAGCAACCUGUGCAACUCCGGCACCGCUUGCACCGCGGUCACGCCCCUGGUGGCUCUGCUGGGGUCUCUGCUGAGCGUCUGGUGGUGCUGGAUGUGAAGCAGCACGUCAGUGUUUCAGCCACAGACUGUAUAAAGUCGAUGGAUGUCUGAACAGCUAAAGUCCUUCAACCUGCUCUUUCUAAUGACCAGCAGGGGGCGCCUGUCAGCUCAGCAAACUCGUUAAUGGUCUCUGUGGCAGGUUCAGGUUCUGUGACUGAACCGUCACAAACAGGCCCUCACUAACCAGCAGGUGAUGUCACUCCAGCAUCCAUCUUUUAUAUACAGCCUUUGAUUUCAUCUUUCAAAGCUAACACGAACUAAAGCAAAUGUAAAGAAAUAAAAACAGCUUUUUCACCUUUUUAGCUGAUUUCUCACUUUCUGCAAUUUUAACAAUAAAAACGAGAAAAAAUAUUUUAAAAA